GUUCGCUGUUGGGGGCGUUGGGUAUGUGUGGCCCAGGUGUGCCCUGGUGACACUGCGAGGGAUGACGCAACGCUCGGGGCGGAAGCGAGAGGCGGAGCCCCGUGUCAGCCCGCACAAGGGUGGGUGCAGGAGAGAAGACAGUUGAUAUAAGUGGAAGUGAUACAACAUUCUUUUAGAAUGUCUGAAGAUGAAGAAAAAGUGAAAUUACGCCGUCUUGAACCAGCUAUCCAGAAAUUCAUUAAGAUAGUAAUCCCAACAGAUCUGGAGAGGUUAAGAAAACACCAGAUAAAUAUUGAAAAGUAUCAGAGGUGCAGAAUCUGGGACAAGUUGCAUGAAGAACAUAUCAAUGCAGGACGUACAGUUCAGCAACUGCGCUCCAAUAUCCGAGAAAUGGAGAAGCUUUGUUUGAAAGUACAAAAGGAUGACCUAGUACUUCUGAAGAGAAUGAUAGAUCCUGUUAAAGAAGAAGCAUCAACAGCAAUAGCAAAAUUCCUCCAACUCCAUUUGGAAUCUGUAGAAGAGCUUAAGAAACAGUUUAAUGAUGAAGAAACUUUAUCACAGCCUGCUUUGACAAGAUCCAUGACCAUUGGUGGAGCAUUUCACACUACUGAAGCUGAAGCUAGUUCUCAGAGUCUGACUCAGAUACAUAUAUUGCCUGAAAUUCCUCGAGAUCAAAAUGCUGCAGAAUCAUGGGAAACCUUAGAAGCGGACCUAAUUGAACUUAACCAACUGGUCACUGAUUUCUCUCUCAUAGUAAAUUCUCAGCAGGAGAAGAUUGACAGCAUUGCAGACCAUGUCAACAGUGCUGCUGUGAAUGUUGAAGAGGGAACCAAAAACUUGGGGAAGGCUGCAAAAUACAAGCUGGCAGCUCUGCCUGUGGCAGGUGCACUCAUCGGAGGAGCAGUGGGGGGUCCUAUUGGCCUCCUUGCAGGCUUCAAAAUGGCAGGAAUUGCAGCUGCACUUGGUGGUGGGAUGUUGGGCUUCACAGGUGGAAAAUUGAUACAAAGAAGGAAACAGAAAAUGAUGGAGAAGUUCACUUCCAGCUGUCCAGAUCUUCCCAGCCAAACUGACAAAAAAUGUAGUUAAAAACCAAACUUUGAUAUUAUUGGUGCCAACAUGUCUAUCCUAAUAAGGACCUUUGCUGCUGUUGGACACUCAGUCAGCUUUUGGAACAUGAGUAUAUCAAGAUAACAGUGUCUAUAAAUGCUCAAGUGGGAUUGAACUGUGAUAAGUGGAUCUAUUUUGUUGUUUGCUGGAUUGUUAAUGGAGAUGUUAGAGAUUGAGGAGCUGGGUUGAAGGCAUAUAAUGUCUGUCAGGUAAAGUUUGAAGACUGCCAAGGAACAAAUUUUCUAUCUGGAAAUGUGAGAACUGAACCAGAUAAGGUCUUGAAAUGUGUAGAAGUGUUGGGUUGUGGAGGAAUAGAACUGGAGACCUUAAGGUGAAUUCAUAGAUGAUUUAGGCCUGUUGGCAAGGAAAAAGAAUGGGAGUUCAGGAUCCUUUGCUCUCAAGUAGGGAAAUCAGGACCUGGUGAGAAGCACAGGUGAACCCUAUUGUAGUUUGAUCCAACUAUAUUUUCUGGUGGAGGAAAUUAAUAGGGUAAGAAAACAAAGAGGCCCAACUUCUCUUUCAUGUAUCUUCAUUUGACAGUAGUGGCUACUUUUCUGAACUCUUCCUCUGCCUCUCUUUAAGUACAGAACACUGAAUUUUAAGUGGUAGAAGACUUACUAAGCCAGUCAUCAAGUUUCUAUGUCAACCAGUCUCCUGACACCUCAAAGAUCUAGUGUCCUUUGUUGCCCCUCCCUUGUAAUUGUGAAAAAUCCUUUGGUUUGUGGGGUGAAUUCCAGUCAUAGGUAACAAGGACUUUUCUCAUAGUCUU